UCGACUUCCGUGUUGUCGCAGCUUUGAUAUUCGAAGCUUCUGGCGUCUCCAGCGCAGCUACCUCCGUUUAGGAUAUAGCGAUAUACCGAGUCAGUUUUCGUCGAAAAUACGAAUGCCAAUAAAUGACGACUGACCUCGAUAGAUGAUUGCUUGGUGUUCCUGUAUCAUAUGUUUCAUGAUAAGACCAGAAUUCUUUAAUGGAUACAUAAAUUAAAAUGAGUUGAUCAUUUAUGGCUAGUGCUUGUAGUAGUACGUCCAUAUCAAACGAGGAAAGAAGUUGGGUUGUCAUUGGUAUAUGUUUGACCAAAGUUCUUACUCCUGCAUUGAGAAAUGUCCUUGCAGCUGAAGUAUCAAAAUGGCAUAAUGUUUUAUGUCAACCACCAACUGAAAUCAACAAGCAAGUGUAUGGUAGACAUAAAUUACAGUUACACCCAUCAAGAAUGGACCUCAAGUAUAAAAAUAUUAACAACAAUAAUGUUCAUAAAUCACCACGAUUAUUUGAUUAUGCAGUUAAAGACCCAUUGUCUUUAGCAAAAUUGUUUGUUCCUCCAUUUAUGUCUAAGUUUACAGGCUUUGACCAAACAAUGGAUAUUUCUGCAAUCUUAUCGGUGAUUUCUGAAGCUGCUCCAUUCACAGCAGCUGCUGCUCAUGCAAAGACAGUCCGGUCUGACAUCAGAAACGAGUGGGCACAUUGCAACUUUGCAAACUGGACUGAGGCAAAGUUUAAUGCUGCUUUUAUUUGUAUGGAAAGUUUGCUGAAGAAUGUGAAUCUUUCACCUGAAGAGGAACAGAAAUUGUGUAAGGAACUCAAUGGUUGGAAAGAUAAAGGGUUUCAGUUAUGUUUUGGUCAACCUGUCAAUAUUGAAAUUUUGACCUUCCUACGGGAAAAAGUUGACGAGCUUUACGAGUUCGUGGAGACAUCGAUGCUACAAAAGAAAGAGAUAACUGUACUUCUUUCACAUAUCAGUAAGAUAAAGUUAAGCAUGGAGAAAGAAAUUAAAGAUUUACGCACAAGUGUCGAAAAGUGUAAGAUUCAAGGAACCAAAAAUUCUUUAAGAAUAGAAAGAAAUUCGAAAGAAAUACAACUUCUUGAACAGAAAUUUUCCACUGAAUUGUCGAGAUGUCAUAUUGCGGAAGAGAAAAGGAAUACAUAUGCUUUCACUGCACCUCCACGGAACAGUUACUUUGCUGGUCGAUCUGAAGAAAUCCAGGAGCUUAAACGUAUUUUGAAUGUCGAAGAAACCUUUGAUGAAAAGAAAGUUCAGGUGGCAGCAGUGUGUGGAAUGGGUGGGAUUGGUAAAACAAGCUUAGUUGCCGAAUAUGCUCAUCAGAUGAAGGAUUUCUACAAGGGAGGGGUUUAUUGGCUCUCUGCUGAAGACGAUACGUUUUUGGACAAGUCAAUAAAUGAUAUCGCGAUUAAGGUUGAUGCAUUUCUGGGGUCAUUUGAUUUAAAUUUGUCCAAUAUUUUGAGGAAAAUUCGUGGUUCAGAUCACCCGAUCCUCGUUGUUCUCGACUGCCUGGAUGAACUUAAUCUUUCCCCCAAUACGAUCAAGUUACUUUCCCUUGUUUCACAAGAGAACAUGUUUGGGCAUUUUGUUGUGCUAACUAGACGAAAUCCUAACCGUCUUGUUAAUGAAAUUUCAAUUUUUCAAGAAGAUUCUUGUUUCCUGCUGACAUGUUUCCACCUUAAUGAAGCUAAGCAAUUUCUUCUGUCACGAAUUGGCGUGACCAACCACCAAAAGGAUGAAAUUGUUGCAGAAAGUCUUUGCAACGAGUUGGGGAGAUUGCCUCUUGCUUUGGAACAAGCUGGAGCUUAUAUUAAUAUGCUUGACUGUAGUUUGUCCUCGUAUCUUGAGCAAUAUAAAUCGGAACGUUUGCAACUGUUGAAUCAGAAAGAAGCACUUCCUGCGUCACCAGGCAAGGAGUCACUGGAACGUCUUGCUGUUCAAACCACGUGGCUUAUCAAUAUGGAAUAUAUCAAGAAGAGCCCAAAUGGCCGUGCUGCUGUUCGAUUUAUGAAUGCUUGUUCAUUUUAUAAUGUAAACGAGAUUGAAGAAUGUCUGGUCAACGUGGGGCUUCCCAAAAUUGAAGACGCCGCGUAUUGCAAAUUCGCAUCUACGCCAUUGGGUAGUCGACAGAUUCUAAAGCUUUUGACUGAUUUUUCUCUUUUUACGUUUGUCGAAACCCAUUCCGUCAGCUCCCAUCGAUUGGUUAUGGAAUUAGUCAGAGAAGUUCUUAAUCCAUGGAAAGCAGAGAGUUUUAUUGAUGCUGUGCGAAUGCUCUCUUAUGCACUUUCUAAACAUCCUUCACCCAGUGAUCUUAAUGGUUUAGAUAAGCAAAGUGGCGUGGAACAAUCCAGUUCUUUCUUUGAUGUACCCAAAACCCCCUUUCACUUGAAUACGUGGUCUAAACUUUGUGUACAUGGUCAUCGACUUUGCCGAAUCAUGUUUGAUUGGUUGAAAACCCAGGAUUCCGCUUCUCUUAAUCAAGCGUGGUUUCUUGCCACUGCGAAGCUUGUUUACGAAUGCGCUGUACAUUUGAGUGCAAACGGAAAACAAGAAGAAGCCAAACGCACUUUGAACUUUGCUUAUCGAAUAUUGGACUGGCUUCCUCAAGAUGAGUAUGAAACGACGAUAGCGAAUUUAUUGAGUAACUUGUUGUUUCCACUUAUCAUCCCCUUACGAAAGUCAUUUCAGAUCUUGCUUGCACGAUGUUGCAUUUCUCCUUUAGCUUCUCUUAAGCCCUUGAUUAGUGCUAAAGCUAAUGACCAUGAUUUAGAUGAUUUAAAAGAAAAAAUUGAAAAAUUAAGAUUGGAUGGCAACGAAAGCUUUAAGAAAGGUCUCUACACUGAAGCAUUAGACGCCUAUACUUCCGCAAUAAACAUGGCUAAAGAUUCUGAUCAUGCAUUAAAUCCUUUGUUGCUUACUAACCGCGCAACUGCGUACAUUAAAUUGAAGCGAUACGAAGAUGCUCUGAAGGACGCGAAUAGUUACAUUACGCGUUGCCCGGAUUGCUGGAAGGGCUAUGCAAGAAAAGCUCUGGCCCUUGAUGGCUUGAAUGAGAACGUUAGUGCUGAAAUAGCUGCUGCUUUGGCUUUCUACUACGGUAGGACUAUCUUCUCACAUUUCAAACCUUUCGAACACCACUUCUCGAAUUUGAAAAAACGUAUUUUUAUAUGCGAUAGUGCGGAUGAAUUCUAUUUCAUUGCUUCAUCAUCAACAGUGAACGAGCAAUUGGAUUUGCUAAAGAUUAUCGUUCUAGGCAAACCAAAUUACUGUAUUUCUCGAUCUGAAUAUAUGGUACUAGACAGCUGCAUCCUUGUUGGCACUAAAAGUAACCGUUCAGUAACUUUAAAGUUGGGAAGCGAAGCUGUCAUUCGGUUGCAGAAAAAGUGCAUGAUUACGAAUCUUUCUUUCUAUUUGGAAAAGGGUCAACUACUGGCAAUCCACGAUUCGUACGUAAAGGUUCAUAACUGCAACUUUACCAGCGGGGAUGAAAUCGAGGCUGCGGUUUCACAUUUUGGGGAAUUUAACGCAGAACAGUGCAAUUUUAUAAACAGCAAAGCUGGUGGCAUGUUAUGUGUUGGACCUGGUAAUGCGGUUGUUAGUGACUGUUCAUUUUGUAACAAUGGAAAAGCUGGAUUAGAAGUACGCAAAGGCGGAACGCUGGCGGUGAAAAAUAGUCGCAUGAGUAACAACGGUCUAGAUGGAUUAAUGAUAGGGCCUAAAUCUUCGAAGUGUGUCACAGUUAAUUGCGAUAUUCAACAAAAUGACCGCGAGGGUAUCGCUGCUUGGGAGUCAAAGGAUAUCAUGCUUACACGCAAUAGAAUUUGUGACAAUUAUGGAAAUGGAAUAUUCAUGACAGAUUCCGAAGCGGAUAUACGAGAGAACCACUUUUGCGAUAACGGUUUGUGGGGAAUUUGGUCUCAGAGUAACUCGUGGUGUAAUAUAUCGGUGAAUACAAUUUCUCGCAAUAAAGGCGGAGGCGUUCGAAUAGGGUACCGAGCUACAGGAAAGGAAUUCUCCCCAUCUGUUCUUGAAUGUAAUAAAAUUUAUGAUAACAUUGGUCCUGGGUUAGUAGAGAAAGUAAACAAGUUUGAAGUAGGAUAUUCACAAAGUACAAACAAGGAUUUGAUGAAAUCAUAUUUGAAUUCGCCCAAGCUCCUCCAAUCAGCUAAAUGCAAAGAAAACGAAAUACACGAUAAUAUGGAAAGUGGUGACAUAGCAAAGUUGAGUUUCUCCAUCCCUUAUUGCUCAAGUUGUCGUUCAGAGCGUGAAUUGAAAAAAUGUGGGAAAUGCUUUACUUCUGCGUAUUGCAACGUGUCUUGCGAAAAGGUUCAUUUGUCGAAACAUAAUGAAAUUUGCAAAGUUUUACGCGACAAGGCAAGCGUACUUAUAACAUCCAUGAAAAGGUCUGGAUACGAUGGUAUGGUUAAACAACACGCCAAAAGUUUGGAGGGAAUUGGGCCAAAAUUCAGUCCUCCUCCGCCACGCGAUGGAAAAACAUUUGUUGUUAAAGUACAGUUAAAAUUUGGAGCUUAUUUAAAGCAAGCCACUCUUCUUCUUUACGAUCGCAGCCUGGAACUUUACGAACAAUUUCAGUCCAAAGUAAUUACUGAACUUGUACAGGAGUUUGGUGUGCAAUGUGAGCAGAGGCAUAUGGAGAAAAAGCUCUUUUUGCACUGCGUGUUUGAAGAUAACGGACAUCUUCGAUUGUUUAUCAAUGAAUUUUCUGACUUUCUGAAUUGGUAGUAAAAAAACUUGACACAGUUGACAAUUCAACAAUGCCCACAAUCGCUUUCCAAUGUAAGAAUUUGCCUGCCUAUAUCAGUGUAAAGAUUGAACUAUUGUAAAGUUAGAGCUAGUACAGUUCGCCGAUAUGAAUUAACAUUCUAAGAAAUGUAAUAAUUAAUAAAUGUAUAUUUAUAAUUCUUUAA